CCCGCCCCCGCCGAGCCGCGCGCGCAGCGCUCCGCCAACCUCAGCCACAUCACCGGCACCUCGCGCACCAUACAGAUGUUCCUCAAGAAUCGAUAUCUCCAGCUGUUGCCCGAUGGCACCGUCAACGGUACUACAGAAGACAAAGGCGUUUACACGAUACUUCAGCGUGCGACAUACAAGGUCGGCCUCCUGACGAUCCAGGGGGUCUCCACCUGCCUCUACCUCUGCAUGGACGCCUGCGGCUUCCACUACGCUAAUAAGGAUCUGUCGGACGACUGCGUGUUCGAGGAGCACAUAGAGGAGAACAACUACAACACGUACUCGCGGAUCCGCGCCGGCAAGAAGACGUACCUCGCGCUCGACAACCGCGGCAGGUCACGCCGCACGCAGAUCCCAGUCAGCCGACCGCUCGGCAAUCUCUCCGGGUACGCGCUCACGCUGACGACGCGCUGGGACGGGCCGCGGCAGUCGCAGUGCCCACCACGUCGGCAUCGCGGCAAGCUCAAACGCCCGCCGCCCUUCCACAGGAACUGCCACAAACGCCUACAAAAGCAGAACAUGAGGCACAAGCGAAAGCACAAGAAAGCGAACGAUCCGAAGAAGAAGCAGCGUCAUCCUAAGGGCAGGAGAAAACACGACAACGGCACGACCACCACGACGGAGGUGACCUGGGACGAAUCGACCAUGUCGACCAUGUCUACCACCGAUGCAGAGUUUUUUCGGUCGGCGACCGCGCAGGAGGCGGUCGGCCGCGCGUGAGCCCGCUGCUCCUAGGCGCCGCCGUCGCGCUCGCACAAUACCGACGUUCCGCCCCUCGCGCCCCGCACACGCUCCACUCCCCGGUCCACUAGCCGACCUUACACUCUAGCGCAGGGCGGCGAAACAGCGGUCACCUCGCGGUCUAUUUGCCAUUAUAUCAUUGAAUUAUCCAAAACAAACUAUAUUAGUGUUAAAUGAAGAUAAUAUGUGAACUUGUAUAUAUCAUAAUUAGUUAACAAAACAGGUUAUGGAUGAAACUUUUUCACCAUAUGACCGGUCCCAAGCGGCAAUCCCCGAUUUGGACAAUCCCGUUUGUAAAUUUGAAAUGAGUGCGCCGGUGACCCGUUUCGCCGCUUCAAGGCCGAGGUUGCUUCGAGUAUUAUGAUUAUUUUGUAUAUUAAAUGUAAUAAAAUACUCAAUCGAAUCGCAUCAAAUGAACAAAACGAUGUCUGAGCUGCAACGUGUAACAAUAACGAAAUGAUAUUAUUCUACCAAAGCUACUGAAAUUAUCUAUCUCAAUUUAUAUUCCUAGUUCGCUUUAAAACGUAGGUUUAUCGGCAAGAUUCCAAUUGUCUUAGUUACUGUUAUUUGUCAUGAAAUUAUUAACGUAGAUGAUAUUGAUAAAGUAAUAAUAAAUUUAAUCGAAUGGAAUAAUAUGAAAUGUGUCAAGAUUAUCGUUUGGUAAGGAACUGUGUUAGGGUUAGCUGUAGGAUUCCUGUUCGUGUCCACUUGUCACUGGUGUCAUGUCAAAAACAUUUCAACGUUCAUAACAAACCUUAAGAUAUAAAAACGGCUAAACACUCACGUAUAUUCGUCCG